AUGGGCAGCGAGAAGCCUGGCUUUCCCUCCAUGGGCCUCACCUGCCCACAGGCUAAACAGACCCAGAUGUUCCUCAUCCUCACUUGUGGGCUAAGCACUCAGGGACAGCAGGAGAGGGCAGCCCAACCUUCAUUUUGGCUGGGUAACGAAACCCUGAAGGUGCCUCUGGCACUCUUUGCCCUUAACAGGCAGCGCCUGUGUGAGCGUCUGCGGAAGAACCCUGCUGUGCAGGCCGGCUCUGUCGUGGUGCUGCAGGGUGGGGAGGAGACCCCGCACUACUGCACCGACAUCACCUUAGUCUUCCGCCAGGAAUCCUUCUUUCACUGGGCAUUUGGUGUCACUGAGCCAGGCUGCUACGGCACCAUCGAUGUUGACACUGGGAAGUCAACCCUGUUUGUGCCCAGGCUUCCUGCCAGCUAUGCCACCUGGAUGGGAAAGAUCCACUCCAAUGAACACUUCAGGGAGAAGUAUGCUGUGGACAACGUCCAGUAUGCAGAUGAGAUUGCCAGUGUCCUGACAUCCCAGAAGCCCUCUGUACUCUUGACUUUGCGUGGCAUCAACACAGACAGUGGCAGGGUCUCCAUGGAAGCCUCCUUCGAAGGCAUCAGCAAGUUCAAUGUCAACAACACCAUUCUUCACCCAGAGAUUGUUGAGUGCAGAGUGUUUAAGACCAACAUGGAGCUGGAGGUUUUGCGCUACACCAAUAAAAUCUCCAGUGAGGCCCACAGGGAGGUAAUGAAGGCUAUAAAAGUGGGAAUGAAAGAAUAUGAGAUGGAAAG